GUCCCGUCCCCGUCGGCCGCGCGGCUCUGCUGCUGCAGCUGCCUCCGCCUGCCUGCCUCGAAGCUUCUCGCCUCCUCCACCCGUCCCGUCCCCUUCCCCUCCACCGCGCCUCCUCUCCCUCCCACCGCUCGCGCCAAGCUAGAUUUGAUUCCUAGCCACUUUUAGGAUCGGAUCAGAUUUUCCUCUCCGCCCGAUUCGAUUUCACCACGACGAGUAAACAUUCCGAUUGCUUUGACUGGGUGCCUUAUUUCUCGAAAUAGCUAUCGUUGAUGGUACUGUCGUGGAGCAGGCUGCCUCUAUCAUUUGUUCAGUCUGGUGGUGUUAUCUUGAGAAGACAGAAUACAGGAGUCGAAUCCAAUGAGUUAUGCCUAUCUUCAUCGUGGUUAACCAACGGUGGCAACUGCUUGUAGCUAAUAUCAUUCCGAGAACACCCAAUAUGGCGGCAAAUGUUGGGGAAUCGACAAGCGGCAGCAGCAGUGGCGCUGAUGCUGGGGGUAGCUUCGAGUGCAACAUAUGCUUCGAGCUGCCACAGGAGCCGAUCGUAACGCUCUGUGGCCACCUCUUCUGCUGGCCAUGCCUCUACAAGUGGCUGCGCAUCCACUCGCACUCGCCAGAGUGCCCAGUGUGCAAGGCUGUCGUCGAGGAGGAUAAGCUCGUUCCCCUGUAUGGCCGUGGCAAGGACCGUGUUGACCCAAGGUCAAAGAACGUCCCAGGGGCUGACAUUCCCAACCGGCCAGCUGGGCAGAGGCCUGCAACAGCUCCGCAGGCUGAUCCUAACAACCACUUCCCCAACGCCAACCCAAACCCGUGGUUCAUGGGCGGAGGCAUCCCGCUGGCCAAUGCGCGGUGGGGGAACUACACAUUCUCAGCCGCGUUCGGGGGUCUGUUCCCGCUGCUCAGCUUCCAGGUGCAUGGGUUCCCUGAUGCAACAGCCUAUGGUCAGCCGGCUGGGUUCCCUUAUGGGUAUGGCCACGGCCACGGGCAUGCGUUCCACGGUGGGCACGCUGGACAUGCUCAUGCCGCAGCUCCCCGGCACGGGCCGCAUGGGCAGCAGCAGCAGGCGGAUGUGUACCUGAAGGCGCUUCUCAUCCUGGUUGGAUUUCUCGUGAUCGCAAGCCUCAUCACGUUCUAGGCUUGCUUGUUGGUGUCAUAUUGCUGGUCAGCCUUGCUGGUAAUAAGUGGGAGAUACAGACAAUUGCCGAUUCUGAUGUUGUUGUGUGCAUUUACCUAGCUUUGCCUCCAUACACGACUAAAUCUGAAUUGAGUGGUGCGUUUGCAUGGAAGUGUUGAUAGAGAAAUUCGUGUACAUACUGUUUGGAUGUGGUCCUGUGGAGCACCUACAGGUAUACUGCGGUUUUGAUUAUACAAUGAAUAAUUUGGAACCUCUGUAACUCUGUUUGUUUGAAUGGAAUGUAGCAAGGACAUUUUACCCUGCGUGUAUACCCCUUGUACUUUGGAUAUCUGUAAGUUGAGCAUUAGGCAAAUGGUCAUGACUUGUUUGGUUUGAA